CGUUACAACCGCUGCAUGCUCGUGACGGUGCCACCGAGGAGCCCGUAUGCACCGCCUGCACUGUCCUCCUUUUACCGUAAACUACAAUUUCACCAUGUCUGGAAAAGUCGUAUUGACCUACUUCAAUGGAAGGGGGAAAAUGGAGUCAAUUCGAUGGCUUUUAGCAGUAGCUGGAGUUGAGUUUGAAGAAGUGAAUUUGACAAAGCGUGAGGAAUAUCUAAAGCUGUUGAGUGAUGGCGAACUCAUGUAUGAACAGGUGCCAUUAGUGGAAAUCGAUGGAAUGAAGCUGGUUCAAACCAAAGCUAUCCUAAGCUACAUAGCAGCCAAAUACCAUCUUUAUGGGAAAGACCUAAAAGAACGAGUUAUGAUUGAUAUGUAUGCUGAGGGUUUGAGGGACUUGAUGGAAAUGAUUAUGGUUUUGCCCUUCCUAUCACCUGAUGCCAAGAAAACUAAACUGGAUGAAAUUAAGAGUAAAGCUACAAGCCGCUACCUCCCUGUUUUCGAGAAGGCGCUCGCCGGCUCCCAGUACCUGGUGGGUAAUCAGUUGAGCUGCGCUGAUGUGCAUCUAGUUGAAGCAACCUUGAUGUUGGAGGAGAAAUUUCCUACAAUUCUUUCGGAGUUCCCUGCUCUUAAGGCUUUUCAGGCAAGGAUGAAAAGCCUGCCAGCCAUUGACAAGUUCCUGCAGCCAGGCAGCAAGAGGAAGCCUCAGCCAGAUGAUGUGUAUACUAAGACUGUGUUUGAGGUGUUAAAUUUGAAAAUCUGAUGCUCAUCUACACACCAAAUUAAACUGAUGACUAUGAUUGAAUUAAUUCCUUAUAUAUUGUUACUUAGUCAUAAUUGUAUCAGCAUAUUUUGGCAUCAGGCAGAAAUAAUUUCAUGUAGGGUGUGAACCAAAUUCUUACUCCAGCCCACCUGAGAUUACCUGUAACAUACAGUAUGUGUAAGGACCAAAUUGACAAGUAUUGUUUUCCAGUAAUAUGUACAUCAACAAUUAAUAACAAAAGACAUGCUGAGGAAAAUUGUAAAAUGUCAACUAAUUAAACAUGAUUGUAAGCUAUU